GGUUGCCAACAAUUGAGAUCAAUGGAGCAAAGAAACCAGCCUCAUUGAAUGACAUAUGCAAAGCCAUCUGUCAAUUUGCGGCUGCAAAGUACUGUUUGACACUUUGCAGACGAGUCAUAUCACUAAGGAAUGCGGCACGACGCACGCAACGUAACCAGCCGGGAUGGCAGUCCCAAUUGGUUUCACAAGAUAACUGGGUUGAUGGCCCACGAUGACGAAAAUCCAAAAGACAAAGGAUCGGGUGAAUCUUCAACGAGAGCACAGCUGUCGCGGGGGAUUAGCGGACCUUCCAACUUUGUGAAAAAGGUUCAUGUCGAUGCGGAUUUCAACUGGUUUGGAGAAGGGGACCCAAAGGAAAUGUUUACUCUCCAAGAGAAGCUCGGUGAAGGUGCUUUUGGAGCCGUCUACAAGGCCAAGUUGACCCAAUCUGGAUUUGUUCUCGCGAUUAAACAAGUUCAGGCUGAUAGAGAUAACGAGAAAGAGGCGAUCAAGAAGGAAAUCGAUCUGCUACGACAAUGUCGACACCGGAAUGUGCUUCAAUAUUACGGAUGUGUUCCUGUCGGAGACGCCAUGUGGAUUUUAACGGACUAUUGUGGGGCAGGAUCUGUCAGUGAUUGCAUGGAACUCGCAGAGUCCACUCUGAGCGAAAAGCAAACGGCCAUUGUGUUAACUGCAGCGUUGGAGGGGUUGGCUUUCUUGCAUGACAUGGGUAUUGUGCACAGAGAUGUCAAGUGUGCAAAUAUACUCCUAAGUGAAGAGGGUGAGGUCAAGAUCGCGGAUUUUGGCGUGUCAGAAAGACUCACACAGACAGUGGGGGCCCGCAGAACAGUUGUGGGAACUCCAUAUUGGAUGAGUCCGGAAGUCAUCACUGGGAAUGGAUACGGUACCGAAGCAGAUAUAUGGUCACUUGGAAUCACCGCAAUUGAGAUGACUGAUGGAGUUCCACCGCACCACAAUCUCCAUCCCAUGCGGGCAAUGUUCAAGAUCCCAUUCCUGCCACCCCCAACCGUGCAAAACCCGUCUCGAUUCUCCCCUACUUUCAUUGACUUUCUAUCCAAAUGCCUGACAAAGGACCCUCAAGCUCGGCCGUCUGCCAAGGAUCUAUUGACACAUCCAUUCGUCGCACCAUAUGUUGGUAAAACCGGAGCAGAGGCGAAAGAGCUCCGAAAGCCAAUUGUGGAAAAAGUAAAAGAAGCAAUUGAAAUAAAAACAAACAAGGCAAAAGCCAAAAUAGAGGGUGCUGGAGUCAGCGGUGCUGCGACGACUGGAGGCAAGACGACUGUAGUCAAAAACGACAAAAAAACCAAAGCAAAAUCCAAAAAGGGCAAGAAGAAGAAAGUGAUGGACAUGACAGCGGACGAAGAUGGUGCUGUUCCGGCCACGAUCGUCAGAAAGACGACAAACUUUGCAGAAACGGAGGAGGACCAAGUUGUGGGCACAUUUGUUCAAAAGCAUGGGGAUGAUGAUGGCGACAAUUCGGUCGUACUUGGGACGAUGGUUCUUGCAGAUGGCAAUGAUGGCCACGCGGAUGAUGCAAUGAAGAUGAUCUUGAAAUCGGUUGCAGAGAGCACAGACUCAGCAGAGGGCUCAACGGAAAUGCUAUCUACAUCUCCAACUGAAGCCGGGCAACCACUUGGUGAUCAAUUCAAGACGUUCCGGCGUAUGCUGUCGGGUAAUUUCAAGGAAGAAGUAAUCAGUGCAGACUCUGGAUUCUCAUCCACGGAAGCUCAGGUUCCAGUCACCCCUACCGUAGAUGCCCAACUAGAGACACAAACAGGAACCGUUUUGCAUGUCGCCACGGCAGCCACAACACCGGGUUUCCUACUACCCGCAAUUGAAGCGAGCGUAGAAGACAGUUUGGACGAGCUGUCAAAGGAUCCGGAAACCAAGCUAUCCCGACGCCCACGGAAGCCAUUGCCAGCGCCCCCUUCGUGGUCAUUCUUGGGCCGCAUCAGGCGACGUGUACGACGAACUAUCCAUCCCAUUGGCUUUGCCAUUGCCGCCGUAUAUACGGACAUCAAAAUGGCAAUUGCGACAGCAAGCUCUGAAGCAAUGCAGGAGCGCGAUGACAGCUUUGGACGAGCGAUGAUGAUAGCAAUGGCGUUGUCCCGGUAUGCACUUGCUAGAACAUGGGAAAACGUGAAAAUCUGGGGGAGGUGGGCGAUAAGAGAGUUCUGGCGAGAACCGAUAGUACAUUCGGUCUACAUCGGGAUUAUUCUCUAUUUGUGUGUGAAGAAGAUAGAGAGUACUUAGCCAGCUCUAGGAUAGUUUUGGCCAGUUCACGGAUGAAUUGUUUAUAUAAGUCGUAUGUAUGUUACAAUGGAAUUAUUUCAAGAGAUGAGGGUGACGAG